AUGAGCAGUCCACCGAGUCCUUCUCCAGCCCGAUGGUUCAAAGCGCUGCGGAGGACCAGGCUGGGGGAGCCGUGUUUGAAGACGUACCCUCAGGAGUGUGUGGAUCUGCUGCAGAGGGCUAGAGUUGCUUUUCAGGCUGGACGCACCAUCAAAGAGGGCUUCAGACUAGCUCAGCUGGAGGCUGUGGUGCGGAUGCUGGAGGAACAUGAGUGUGACUUUGUGGAUGCUCUUGGGAGGGACCUUCAUAAGCCACGUUUUGAGACAGUUGUGUCAGAGUUGAUUCUUGUCAAAAAUGAGGCUCUUCAUGCCAUCAACAACCUGAAGAAGUGGAUGCAGCCGCUGCACGUGGAGAGAAACCUGUCCACCACACUGGAUGAGUGUCUGGUCGUCAGUGAGCCGCUGGGGGUGGCAUUAAUCAUGGGGACCUGGUGCAGUCCAGUUCAAACAUGCUUGGUGCCAAUGGUUGGGGCCAUUGCUGCAGGUAACUGUGCAAUCAUCAGCCCCUCUGAGUGCACCGCUCACACAGCAGAGCUUCUCCAUCGUCUCAUGCCCUUCUACUUGGACAAUGAAUGCUUCCAUGUGAUUCUUGCAGGCACGAAUGACUUGCCUCAAGUUGUGGAACUCCAUUUUGAUCAUGUUUUCUUUACAGGAAACAGGGAGGAGGGAAUCAGAAUUGCUCAGUCUGCAGCUCACACUCUCACACCUGUCACCCUGAUUUUGGGUGGCAAGAACCCAUGUUAUGUGGACCAAAACUGUGACAUUUCCACCACCGCACAGCGCAUUGCCUGGGCACGCUUCCACAAUGCUGGACAGAGCUUGGUGGCUCCAGAUUACAUCCUGUGCCAUAAGGAUGUCAAAGCUCGGCUGGUCCAGGCCCUGAAGUGCUGUCUGAUGCAGUUCUAUGGUUCUGAUCCCCGAGAGUCCCGCAGCUUCGGCCGCAUGGUUAAUCUGGAGAUCUUUAACCGCACGAGAGACAUACUGUGGAGAUCUGGCAAGGUGGCUGUGGGUGGACAGGUGAUAGAAGCAGAGAAAUAUAUUGCCCCAACAAUUUUGACAGAAGUGGCAGAAUCGGACCCUAUCAUGCAACAGGACAUUUUUGGCCCAGUUCUUCCCCUUUUGCCUGUAAACAAUGUGGAUGAGGCCAUUGCUUUCAUUAAUAAGCAAGAGAAAUCCCUCUGUGUAUAUGCAUAUUCGAACAACAGCACGGUCAUCUCAAGAGUGAUGAGUGAAACCUCCAGUGGAAGCUUUUGCUCCAAUGACAGUGUCGUGCAGAGUCUCAUGGUAGCUCUGCCUUUCAGUGGAGUUGGUGCCAGUGGAAUGGGUUCCUACCAUGGGCGCUACAGCUUUGAUACUUUCUCUCACAGGAAAUCAUGCCUGCUAAGAGGCACGCGGUUUGAGUGUGUCACCUAUCUGCGUUAUCCGCCCUAUGAGGACCGCAAUCUGUCUCUAAUGACAUGGGCCAGUACUCUGUCCCAGAGGAGCCAGGGCUGGUGCCAGAUCCUGUGACUGUGUGGGAGGGUGAUGACAGAGC